AUGACGGACUCCUUCGGCCCUCAGAGCCCGCCGACCGAGGCCCUGGCCUCGACGUCUAUUGCGACCUCUGACAUGCCUUCGCCUACCAUUGCCGUAGGGUUCCACGGCGAAGGCACCGCCGGAACUCGUGUCCCGGUCGCCGCUCACAUAUCCGAUUCGGUAACCGAGCCAACAAAGUUCCAGAGCCCUUUGCGGCAUCAUCGCCGGACGCCCUCAGCCCAUCGCGAAGUCAAGGUGUGUCUGCGUCUGCAUCAAGCUCGUCUAACCAACCCCGCCGCCGCGCUGCAGUGCGUGGAGAGGGCGAGAUAG